AUGCCCCAGAGUGCUCAGACAGCCUGCUUCUCAACUCCCAUUGCAGCUGCUCCAUGGAGCAAACAAGAUGGAGAUCCCAGCAGCCAAGAAGAGGUUCCAGGCACCUUCCAUAUCUCGCCACCUAUUGAGGCUUUGCUCAGUGAUAGGCUAGAUAAGAAAGUAGUUGAUUUGGCGCAGUUCCUGAGCACCAAGUAUCUAACAACAGAGCCCAUGGCAAAGGCAGAAAUGCUGAAGAUGGCGAUUAAAGAGUACAAAGACCACUUCCCUGUGAUCUUCCAGAAAGCCUGUGAGUGCAUGGAAAUGGUCUUUGGCAUCAGUGUGAAGGAAGUGGACUCCAUGGGCCACGCCUAUCUCCUCAUCAAAAUGCUAGAUCUCACCUAUGAUUGGAUGCUGAGUGGUGAACAGGGCAUGUCCAAGACCGGCCUCCUGAUACUUACCCUGGGCGUGAUCUUCAUGGAGAGCAACUGUGUCCCUGAAGAGAAGGUCUGGGAAGUGCUGAGUAUGAUUGCAGUAUGUUCUGGAAGGAAGGAUUGCUUCUACGGGGAAAUCAGGAAGCUAAUCACCAGAGAUUUGGUGGAGGAAAAGUACCUGGAGUACCACCAAGUGCCCAACAGUGAUCCUGCCCGCUGUGAAUUCCUUUGGGGUCCAAGAGCCCAUGCAGAAACCAGCAAGAUGAAAGUCCUGAAGUUUUUUGCCAAGGUCACUGGAACUAACCCAUCCUUGUAUGAGGAGCCGAUGAUUGAGUGA